AUGAGUGAGCAAGGAGAGCCUUUUGGUGACGGGGAAUCAAGGAAUAACAACCAGCAAGGUGGCGUGGUAGCUGACGGGGAUGCCAACGCCAAUGAAAUCCAGACAGAGGAUGGCGGGAUGGCGGGCGAUACUGGCACUCUGGCUGGGCUCACGACUGAAACGGCACAACAGGACAAAGUCAUCAUCUGGGGUACAGACUCCCAGUGUGACGACCCCGAUCUGGCUGAGUUUGAGAUGCUGGAGUGUCAGGAGCUGGAGGCGUACCUGGUUGAGGAUGGAGAGGACUUUGUGGGGCUUGCAGACCGGAAAGUGCAUCCAGAACGGCUUUCAUCAUGCAGCAAAGCUACAGUAGAACAAGUAAAGGAUAAUAAGAGCAGGAAAGAGAGAAAGGCUCUUCUUCAUGGCGCCAGUGAGCAGGAAUCCACUGUCUCUCAUGUCUCUGAGGGCAGGGAGCCGUCCAGGACUGAGUUAAGCUCAGAAACCGAUGUCUUUGUAACCUGUCUGUCCACCUUUUCAAACAUGGACACUUCUAUGGACACUGCUUGCAGGACGCAGACUACAGAAUCCUGGCACAUGGCCUCUGGUCCUUACUCAACCAUCUCAGAAGACUUGACUCUCAUCUCCCAGAAUGGCAACACCAUGACUGAGACAGGCAACGCCUCUGAUAGAGCUGAUCAUCCUUCCCUGUCCUCUGGAAAAAGCACAAUACACAGGGAAGAUGUGGACAUGAAUUUGAAUUCGACAGUGCACUCAGAGGAUGUGGUUGCACAAGUGGACAAUGGAGUUUAUUCGUGUGAGGGUGUCAUUGAUGAGCACAGGAAGAACAAAAACCAGAUAAAUAAAGCAGGGAAUACCAAUACAGAGGAGGAAUGUUAUCGAAGGAGAAGUACAGAGCACAAAGGUUUCCACGCUACAAAAACAUCACAUGAAGAAAGCACAAAAAUGGAUAAAAGCACACAAGCUUACGAGGCCCCUAAUGUGAACUAUAGCCCGACCAAAGCGGGUACAAAGGGGACUCAGUCAUCAGUUGAAUCCAAAGCCACAAAGAAACAAGGAUCAUUUGAUAACUCGCUGAAAAAACAGGACUCCUUUGACAAGAGUUUCAAAAAGCAGCCAUCGUUUGAGAAUACUUUCAAGAAGCAGCUUUCCUUUGAUAACACCUUAAAAAAGCAGGGCUCCUUUGACAACACCGUCACCAUCAGCUCUUCAAGUCUGGAGAGGAGGAAGCCAUGGGGAAGCCCCAGUCGACCAGCCACUCCUACGUCCCCUAAAACAACCUCCUGCUCCCCCAAGAGACGACCGCCUGGUUCUCCAGCCAAGGUCCAGAGCAUCAGGGCCCUGAGCUUGGAGCGCAGCAACUCCCCUCAGAGGGGUAUAAGUCAAACAGUCAGACCACCAAGCAGGACAAAUUUGAGCAGUUGCAUCCCCAAACCUGUUACUUCUCAACAGAAAGAGCCUGAACCCAGGAGGACUUCUCCUCCCCAGAAGCCUAAAAAUGUCCGACCAAAAAUCAUCACCUAUGUUCGUAAGAAUCCUCAAGCAAAACCACAAGCGACAGAUGCCCCACUCGAAGUCUCUGCACUCCCAUUGAGAAUGUCUUCUUACUCCAACCCACCGGCUCAUAAAGAUCCAAAGGUGGGUCCUCAGCCUAAAUCCACACCGGUGCUAUGUUCCUCCAACCUGCUGUUUGACAAAUAUAGACAGGAGAUUCAGAAGGGGGGGUACUAUCCUCCGGGCAUGGCUGGAACUGGGGCGAAACCUCCAAGCAGCACCAUCCCUCAGAGGCUGGGUGGGAAGUCGGGCAGUUUUCAUGAGGAAAUGUCUGAGAAAUAUCUCGAAGAGGUGAACAAUGGUCUUUUGAAUCAAUAUAAUCUAGUGAUUUAAUCUUUUUGUAAUGUUCCUCCCCAGCAUGUUUCCCAAGAAGGAGGCAGUGUCUACCGCUCACCCAGAGCCCUGAGGCCUCAGCUGGGGUUGGGGGCAGUCACCAGGCAGCCUGCAGCCAAGACAAGAGUUCAGCAGACAGGUCAAAGGUCAGCUCCGGUCCCAGGCCAGUCUGCUCAGGCAGUCGGAGCGUCCACCCAUGGCUACCCGGACCCUGCAGGAGAGCAAAAGAGGUCAGGAGAGAGAGGUCCAGAAACCGGCCCCAAGGGUGUCCUGCACAAAUCAGGCCAGUCUGGGCUCCGUCCUCCAGGCUUCUCCGCCCUGCCAGCUGCCCGUCUGUCCACCUUCGGCUUCAGCCGGACCUCCAGCGUCUCCUCUGUGUCCAGCAACCAGUCAAGCGAAAGCAGUCCCAGUGAUCCCAGCCGGGCCUCUCAGCAUCCCGGCAGUGGCAGCGAUGACACACAUCUCCACAACACCACAGCGCCCCCCAGUGAAGCCUCCCAUCUUCAGAGUCGGCCUCAUCCUCCCAACGCCCCCAGUCUCCAGCGCCGCAGUCUCCCGCCGCAGUGCUGCUCCCCGCUUGCCUCUAGGAGGGAGAUACAGAGGGACGUAGAGGCUGCGGUGCCUCCAAUGUCCUCUCCUAAACGAUUUGCAGUUGUUUCACCCAAGCCACAGUCCCCCGGUGAGUUUCGUGGGCGGACAGCAGCAGUUCAAGGAGCUGUUCGGACUGAGAGGGCCCAGGAGUUGGACCGGGUUCUGAUCCAGCAGCUGCGGGAACGCUGUGAGCAGCAGGACCUGCAGUUGCAGAGCCUUCAGGCCCAGUUAAAGAAGGCCUCCCUGUGCCUGGAUGUUUUCAGCAUCACUACCCAGCACUUCUGCCUCAAGAGUGAGAGUGCCAUUGUGAAGGAGAGGGAACUGUCCCUGGAGCUCGCCAGAAUCAGGGAUGAAGUGGCUUUCAGUGUUGCACACUGGGAGCAACUGCAGCAGGAGAAGGAGGAACUGGAGCGUCGUUUUAAGGCCGAGCUGCAGGGAUUGCGGGCUCAGCAGCAGAGGGAGCUGGGAGUGCUGGAGGAGCGGCUGAAGGCGCAGCACGUGGCCGAGGCCAAGAGCCUGCAGGCCCAACAACGAGCCGAGCUGGAGGAGCUUCGGGUCAAACACCAAGAGCAGAUUGAGGAGAUGAGUGAGACCCAUGAGGCUUCCUUGAUGGAGAUGGAGACGGCUCACGAUGACACACUGGCCACUCUGCAGGAGGAGCAUGCCAGGACUGUGAAGAAUCUGAAGAUGGCCCAUGAGCAGCAGACCAAGUCUCUGGAAGAAGAUUUUCAAAAGAUAAGACUGUCACUGCAGGAUCAGGUGGACACGCUAACGUUUCAGAAUCGUAGCCUCAGGGAUCGAGCCAAGCGCUUUGAAGAAGCUCUGCGCAGGAGCACAGAUGAGCAGAUUGUGGAUGCUUUGGCACCGUACAAACACAUUGACGAGGACCUGAAAAGUCUGAAAGAAGUUCUGGAGAUGAAGAAUCAACAAAUUCAUCAACAGGAACUGAAGAUUUCAGAACUGGAGAAAAUAGCUGAAAAGAAUGUGUAUCUGGAGGAGAGAGUACAGGUGUUACAGCAGCAGAACGAGGACCUGAAGGAGAGAAUAGACAAGAACCUUGCUGUGUCCAGGCAACUUUCCGAAGAUAAUGCCAACCUGCAAGUGAACGUGGAGAAGGAAAGCAACGAGAAGAAGCGGCUGAGUCGCAAUAACGAGGAACUGCUGUGGCGUCUUCAGACAGGCGAGCUGAGUCCUCGUAUGACCCCCAGCUCCUCCCCCCUCCAUCGGCCCACCUCCGGACCAGGCUCUCCAGCCCGCCCACACUCCUACCAUCAAUGA